AUGUCCGUGAGUCUCGUGCUGGAGAACUACAUCGGCGGGAAGUUCGUGCCCUGCUCCAGGCAUGUGGACUCGUACGACCCGUCCACCGGAGAGCUGUACUGCAGAGUACCGGACAGCGGCGUGGCUGAGGUGGGUGCAGCAGUGAAGGCUGCUAAAGAAGCGUUUCCUGGCUGGUCAGCCACAAGUCCAGCAGAAAGAGCUCGGGUUCUGAAUAAACUUGCUGAUCUGAUUGAAGCUCGUCUGGAGGAUUUCGCUCAGGCAGAGUCUAAAGACCAGGGAAAAACAAUAAACUUUGCCCGAAGUGUCGACAUUCCUCGUGCUGCGUACAACUUCCGAUUCUUCGCUUCGUCCGUCCAGCACCACACAACCGACUGCAGUCAGAUGGACCACAUGGGCUGCCUCAAUUACACUGUGCGCUGUCCUGUAGGAGUGGCUGGCCUGAUCAGUCCUUGGAACCUGCCUCUGUAUCUCCUCACCUGGAAGAUCGCUCCUGCAGUGGCUACAGGGAACACGGUGGUGGCCAAACCCAGUGAGAUGACCUCAGUCACUGCCUGGAUGAUGUGCAAGCUGCUGGAGGAGGCUGGUUUCCCACCAGGAGUUGUGAACGUGGUUUUCGGCACAGGUCCACGUGCAGGCGAGGCCCUCGUGUCUCACCCAGAUGUGCCGUUAAUUUCAUUUACGGGCAGCACGGCUACAGCUCGAGCCAUAACAGAGCGCAGCAGCCCCUACUGCAAGAAACUCUCUCUUGAGCUAGGGGGGAAAAACCCAGCCAUCGUGUUCGCUGAUGCUGACCUUGAGCAGUGCAUCAGCACCACGGUGCGCUCCAGCUUCUCCAAUCAGGGUGAGAUUUGUCUCUGUACCAGCAGGAUCUUUGUGGAGCGAAGCAUUUACCCACAAUUCCUAGCAAAGUUUGUCGAGGCGGCUCGCCAGUGGAAAACCGGCGCGCCCUCUGACCCUUCGAGCAACAAUGGCGCACUUGUGAGCAAGGAACACUUGACGAAGGUCCGGGGUUAUGUGGCUCUGGCGAAGGCUGAAGGAGCUCAGGUGCACUGUGGCGAAGGAGUCGACACUCUCACUCUCCCGCCUCGAAAUGCAUCCGGAUACUUCAUGCUGCCUACAGUGAUCACGGGCGUUGCAGACUCCUCUGCUGUGAUGCAGGAGGAGAUAUUUGGCCCUGUCACCUGCGUGACGCCCUUCGAUACAGAAGAGGAAGUGAUCUCGCGGGCUAACGACGUGCGCUACGGCCUGUCCGCCGUGGUGUGGUCCAGAGAUGUGGGCCGUGUUCACCGAGUGGCUUGGAAAAUGCAGGCCGGGUUAGUGUGGACCAACUGCUGGCUCAUCCGAGAUUUAAACCUGCCGUUCGGAGGAAUGAAGAGCUCAGGCAUUGGGAGAGAAGGAGGGAAAGAUUCCUAUCACUUCUUCACUGAGGUUAAAACUAUUACUGUAAAGCACUGA